CCCUCCGGCCAGUUCACUGUAGCACCAACCAAGUCAGAACCGUCGGAGCUAAAUGAACGGCUCGGCGGCUUUUAAACACGUCCAGGUCCACUAUGUCCCAGGAAGACCUAUUAUCUGUGGAUUAUGAAGUUUUCGGUAGAGUGCAAGGUGUAUUUUUUCGAAAAUAUACUCAGACAGAAGGGAAGAAGCUAGGCUUGGUUGGCUGGGUCCGAAACACGGAUGCAGGGACCGUUGAAGGGCAGCUACAAGGUCCGAGCGACAAAGUGAAAGAGAUGCAGGAAUGGCUGAGGACCACCGGGAGCCCCCAGUCACGAAUAAUCAAAGCCGAGUUCAAGAAUGAGAGGAAGGUUGAGGGCCUAGAUCACCCGGCGUUUAAAGUGGUUCGCCAAUAGAUAUGUGACAUUCAUUUUGAACUAUUUAUUUUUAGUUGUUUUAAAUUUCUUAUAUUUUGACGGGAUUCGUCCUGUGGAGUAUUUUCAUGUUUACUUAAAAGCCAUUAAAAAUUGAGUUAAAUAUUAAAGUUAGGCUACUCUA